UUCAACAUUGAUAAAUUUAUACAAACAAAGAGAAAUCUUACAUUCAUUUGUUAUUUUUUUUGAAAAAAAUGGAAAAAGUUGGUAAAAAAUUAUCAGUUCUAGUUGGUUGCAACUAUGAAAACACACCUUACAGGUUACAUGGAUGUCACAACGAUGUUUUAGCCAUGAGAGAUGUGCUAGUGAAUCGAUUCGGGUUCGAUUCACAGCACAUUGAAUUGCUCAUGGAUAAAUCAGGGAGUCCUAUUAUGCCUACUGGAGUUAAUAUUAAGAAAGCACUUAAUAAAAUGGUUGAUGAAGCUGAACAAGGUGAUAUUUUGUAUUUUCAUUUUAGUGGUCAUGGUACAUUGACUGGAAAAAAGAAUCAAGAAGAAGCAAUAAUUCCAUGUGAUUUCAAUUAUAUUACUAAUGUGGAUAUUCGAAAAAUAGUGAAUCGAGUACCACAAGGAGCAACAUUCACAAUCCUUUCAGAUUCUUGCCAUAGUGGAGGCCUAAUUGACAAAGAAAAAGAGCAAAUUGGACCAUCUCACCACAAACCCGAAAAAAAUAACUACGUCUCAGUCCCAAACAAGUCAGAAUCGACAUCAAAAUCUUAUUACUCCAAGCCUAAAUUCAUCCCACAUGAAACAAUCUUGGAACAUCUAACAUCAUUAACAAACAUUAACACCUCAAAUAUUGGAACACACAUGUUACAACUAUUUGGGAAUGAUGCUAGUGUUAUGUUCUCUUUGCCUCAAUUGGAGUUAGAUUUAUUGAAGCCACUUAAACAAGAUGAGGGUAUUUUGUUAAGUGGAUGUCAAGCUAAUGAAGAAUGUCAAGAUGUUGGAGGAAUUGAAAAUGAAAAUAAAGCUUAUGGGGCAUUUAGUCAUGCAAUUUUAAUUGUGUUGGAAAAAAAUUGUGACCCUAUUAGUUACAAAGAGUUGGUGAUGAAGUCUAGGUAUGUUUUGGAAAAUGAUGAACAUAUUAAGACUCAACACCCUUGUCUCUAUUGUAGUGAUGAGAAUGCUCAAGCACUUUUUUUGAGCCAAGGUUGAGGUCAAAUGUCACUAUAAUGUAAUUGAUAUAUAAUAAUGAUUUUAUGAUGGAAUAAAAAGAAUUUAUGUUUUAUGUA